AUGAUGAUUAAAGUGGGAGCAGCCGCUGUCGGCAUCGACAGCCCAAAGGCUAUGAAGCGAGAGCACGACAAUGAUGAUGCAGACCGCACUGGUCGUCACAAAAGACCGAAAACUGACGGGUUCACUGAGGCAAUUCAACAAGGAAAGUUUGAGGUUCGCCUUCUUGUGAGCAGUAAAUCAGCAGGAGCAAUCAUCGGAAAAGGAGGCGAAAACAUCAAACGUCUUCGUGCAGAGUUCAACGCCCAUGUCCAAGUCCCCGACUCGAAUACCCCUGAACGCGUUUGCACUGUCACUGCGGAUGAAAAAACAGUCCUCAACAUUUUGAGAGAUGUUCUCCCUCGUUUGGAAGACAACUUCUCGGAACGUGAUCCCUGCGAAGUCCGCAUGCUCAUUCACCAAUCGCAUGCCGGAGCUCUGAUUGGUCGCAAUGGAACAAAAAUCAAGGAGCUUCGCGAGAAGUGCUCAGCCCGUCUGAAGAUAUUCACUGGAUGUGCUCCAGGGUCCACUGAUCGUGUGCUCAUUACUUCCGGAGAACAGAAGAACGUUUUGGCCAUUAUUGAAGAAGUUAUGAAGGAACUUAAGGAGAUUCCGAUCAAGGGUUCUUCUACUCCAUAUCUUCCAUCUUUCCAUUACGAUCCAUCAAACAUUUCCGAGUACGGAGGUUUCCCUGGAAAUUUGUCUUCCGGAGGACCACAAAACAACCGUGGACCAGCUCCACCACGUGGAGGACAAGGGCCAGCCGGAGGACAACGGUCCUAUGGAGGAGGAGCUAUUACUCCCGGAGGAGGACCACGUUCCUUUGAAUCCGGAGAUUUCCAGCAGUUCCGUGGAGGACCAAUGCCUGGUUAUGCAAUGAAUGCGCCUGGUUAUGCGCCUCAACAAGGACAAUUCGGUGCUCCAGCUAAUGCUGGAUACGGAUAUGGACCAGGCGGUGGUGGACCGGUUACUACUGCUCAGGUGACAAUUCCAUCUGAUUUGGGAGGAACCAUCAUCGGACGUGGAGGAGAACGAAUCGCUCGCAUUCGUCAGGAGUCGGGAGCUCAAAUCACACUUGAACCAAGCACUGGACAACCAGAACGCAUUAUAACAAUCAAGGGAACAGAGCCGCAAAUUCACAGUGCCCAAUACCUUCUCCAACAAUGCGUUCGCAAUUCCACACAAGGCCGUGAAAGAUUCGGAGGAAAUGUCUAA